AAGCGGUCAAAUCUCACACGUGCGUUUUGUUAUUGUUGAAGCUGAGUUCUGUUCUUCAGGAUCAACUUAUCAUCAUAAGAAACUCACUCCAGGCUCCAAAACCCACAAAGUGCAAAAACCACCCAGACUCGUCUGAAUAACAACUGAUCCAACUUCAACAAGAACAGAAGCUCCAUCUUCUCUCUGACACUGAAGCUGCCAUAGAGAUGGAAGAGCAUUGGAAGGUGAAGUUCAGGAAUGUUGCUCAGACAUAUUUCCCUCAAACCCGAGUGGAAUGUCGAUAUACACUGAGCAGUGAACACAGCUGGACCUGUCGUGACUGGAUCGGACUCUUCAAAGCCGACUGGACAUCAGUGAGAGAUUAUCACACAUAUGUUUGGGCUCUUGCUCCUGAUGAUUACACACUGGGCAAAGAAGUCAACUGCAGCAUCCUCUUCCACCCGUCUUACCUGCCGAACCCCAGCACUACACCCUACCAGUUUGUGUAUGUGAAUGAAUCGGGGGAGAUCUGUGCAGUGAGUUCUCAGUUCACUUUCAACGCUCCAAAACCUCUGGAUGAAUUGGUGACUAUGGAGGAGGAGAGAAACGGAGAGGAAGAAAACGAGGGAGAAGAAUUGCUGCUCGUAGUGCCGAGAGCUCAGAUACUCCAGACUCAUCUGGAAGCCUGUCAGGAAGAACUGCUGCUGUUACAGAAGCAGCUCAGAGCAUCCAGCAUGGAACUGGAGAAACACCGAGAAAGAAAUGAAACGGAGAGUAAGGAAUUCGAAGCAGAAAGAGCAGAGAUGAGGAACGAAAUCAAUGAGCUGAGAGAGCGACUGAGGUGCAGCCUGGAGAUGAUCGAAAGAAUGGAUGAGAAACAGAAGGAUGUGUUAAAGUCUCAUGACAACAUUUCAGUGGAGAUUAGCAGCCUGUUAACAGAAAGGGCUGAAAAUCAACAACGAAUCAAAGACCUGAAGGAGGACAUGAGCAGCGUAGUGCAGCAGAAACAAGACGCAGAAGCCGAGUUGGAGAGGAUGAAGGAGAGAGUUAAAAAGCUGAUGAUGCAGAGAAAGGAUGAAGAGGACGAGAGGAGGAACUUACAGUUGGAGAGGAAACAUUAUCGUGAGGAGUUGCGAGUUCUUCAGGAGCGUCUGGAGACCAGCGAAUGCAGUGCUGAGGUGUUACGACGAGAUCUGAGCGAACUCGGAGCGCUGCAGAGCCAGAACCAGGCCGAGCUUCACCAGAUCCGCCUGCAGGCGGCUCAAAUCACGGUGCAGCUCUCACAGGCCAACCUGAACCUCCGAGAAGGACAAGCGGCCUGGGCCAAAGAGCGGGAGAACCUCCGGAGGAACGCAGAGCUGGAUAAGGAACGAGUCCAGAAACUGAGUCAUGAGCUGCAGAAGAAGGAAGAAUGGCUUGAGGAAGAACGGACAGAGCGAGAGAAACUGGAGCUGGAGCUAGGAAACGAGAAAGCGUGCAACCGAGAGCUCCGUGCCAGUGUGAGAGCCAUGCAGAAGGAGCGAGAGCAGCUACAGCUGGAGAAACAGGAGCUUCAGGAUCAUAUCCGAGUUUUCCGGCUGCGUUUGGAGAACGAUUGGGAAGCGACCUGGACUAGAGCCGCUUGUGACGGCAGGCCUGAGGUGAUCAGUGGCAUCAAAUCAGCAGAUCUGCAGCGAUCCGCUUCUAACAAACCGGAAGAAGCUAAAGUGGUAAAUCUGUUGCCGAGUGAAGAGGCGGAGCCUGAGGUGGAGGAGGAGGCGGGGUCUGAUGAAGAGGAGGUGGAGCCUGUGGAGGACAAGACAAGGGAGCAGGAGGUGGAAAUGAAGAGUGAAGCACAGACUCAGUCUGAGAUCAAAGCAAACAUUCUGAGUGAGUUUGCUGAUGAUGCCCCCUUGUGGUGAAACGUGGCAAUGACGCAGACAGAAACACAGGAAAACCUGAUGCCUUCAGUUUAAUAUCAGCAACACAUCAUGUGCUCGAGUGUAAUGUUUCAAAAACAGAAUUGUGCAAGCUUACUUUUGUGUGAGUGUGUGUUUAUUUUCUGAUUGUGAGUGUGUUUAUUUUCUGAUUUUGUGUGUAUUUAUUUUCUGAUUGUGAGUGUGUUUUUUUUCUGAUUUUGUGUAUGUGUGUGUAUUUAUUGUCUGAAUGUGUGUGUAAUUAUUUUCUGAUUGUGUGUGCAUGUGUGUGUAUUUAUUGUCUGUGUGUGUGUGUGUGUGUGUGUGAGAGAGAGCUUUUCACUUGCUGAGUAAAGUUUUUGAAUUUAUUCUGACAUUAUAAAUACAAUCACACCCAAAUUUCACUGCACAUUUGGAUGUGAUCAUUAAUCCGACUGCUGUAGCGCAGGAUAACCUGCUAACUAGUUAAUGAGAAUAGAGUCAGAUUCUAAUGAGUCAGGUUUAACCAUCAGGUGAUUUGGAUCGAUGCCUUGAUUUAAAAGUCGAUGACUGAAAGGACUGAAGGCAACAAUCAGAGAUCAAUAAUUCAUCUGGUUUAACUGGUGUGCUAGCAAGCUGAUUUGUCCAUUAAACCAGAGGCGUCAUCGUUCACGAAUCAGAUUCAGAUCACAGCUGAUCACAUGGGGCCAGUUGUUCAACAAAUUUAAUCUGGAUCCAAAUGAUCCGGAUUUGGAAAUCCCAUUUUUUUCUAUUCAGGAUCAGGUAAUCUGUCUUACUUUUACGCCAUUUUUUCAAAGCAACAUUGGGAUUGGAUCACCCUGAUCCAGAUACACCGUUUUCCCCUCAUCUGAGUCAUAAAAAAAAUAAAUAUGCAUUAACAAAUACAUUGUGGAUAUUUUGAAAACACCUUAACAAAAAAUAAAAUGGCAAAAUGUCCAAUAGUUAACAAAAUAAAGAAUGUUCAGGGUUGUAUAAAAAGUAUAAACACUAUAUAUGUGUAUAUUUGAACCAUAUAUAUAUAUGCAAAUGUAUUAUUUGACACAUUUUAACGUUUUACUACAUUUUCCUCCUGGAAUCCACCUUGAAAUGCUCCCCCUUUUGGGAUCGGGAUAAUCCUGUUUUUUUUGGAUCAAAGUUAUCCAAAUCCUACUGACAAGUUUUGAACAACACAAACUGAAUGUUUGAUCCAGAUUAAAACUAGGAUUGGAUUUCGUAAUCUAAUCGGAUUUCAGAUUCCUUCUUUCCCUUUUGAACAACCCAUUUUCGAGAUUUGAUUUGAUCCGAUAACCAAAAUCCGAUCAGUUCACCUUUGAACAACUGGCCCAUGACGAUCGACGGAUACUGAAUCUUUUCCUAUCAGAUUCAGAACUAUCGUAAAAAUACCGAAUGUUGUCUUAUGAGCUGAAAUCAUGUAGAUGGUGCGGUUUGGUGCGGUUUGGUGCUGAUAAUGACCUGAACACAGUAAUGAGGAUUAAAUUUUAUUCUUUUUUAAUUUAUUUAUUGACGUUAGGAUCACAGGGUUAUUUUUACAGUGAGUUUUAAAUAAAGUAUUUUAACAAUUCUGAAUUUUGACAUCUUUGUUAC